UGGCCGUUGAUGCGAGCGCCCGCCAUUAAUGCCCCAUUUCAUCGUCGUCUUGGAGCUGCAGAGUGGCGCUUUUUUCAACCCUAGGGGCGUGAUUCGGGAAAGGAAGUCGCGGAGAGCGCAAGCAGAAAACCCUAUUGAUAGCGAUCAGCGAUUUGGUCUUUUGCUUCGACGGAUUUGGAGCUGCGUUUAUGUCUUAAAUCUUAGACGAUCUGUUGAGGUUUCAGUAGGGGCUCGAUUCUCUGAAGAUUUCGGCUCUUCACCUGCGCAUUGGAGAUCCUGUAAUGUGCUGCUUUGGGGUUUAGUGGGGAGGUAGAAGGUGAGGAAGUUACUAUUACUGGUUUUGAGAUGGGAAUCUGCUGGAGCCCUAAUGGCAAGGCUGUGAAUCCCGCAUUCAGCGCUCCUUCCUCAGGAACAAAUUCGAAGACUAGAAGCCAUGAUGUGAGUCGACUGAGUUGUGGAAGCAGUUAUAUCUCGUCUGCUUCGUUUUCUCUAACCUAUCGUAGUGAGGGAGAGAUCCUGCAGUCAGUAAAUGUGAAGAGUUUCACCUUUAAUGAGCUCAAAUGCGCGACGAGAAAUUUUCGGCCAGACAGUGUGUUGGGUGAGGGUGGGUUUGGUUCUGUUUUUAAGGGCUGGAUCGAUGAACAAACCCUUGCACCGGCAAAAGCAGGGACUGGUAUGGUUAUUGCUGUGAAGAGGCUCAACCAGGAAGGUUUUCAGGGGCACAGAGAAUGGCUGGCAGAAAUUAAUUAUUUAGGCCAGCUUCAUCACCCUAACCUUGUAAAGCUAAUAGGGUUCUGUCUGGAGGAUGACCAUCGCCUUCUGGCCUAUGAGUUUUUGCCAAGAGGGAGCCUUGAGAACCAUCUGUUUAGACGAGGAUCAUGUUUUCAACCACUUUCCUGGAAUCUUCGAAUGAAGAUCGCACUCGGGGCUGCCAGAGGAUUGGCGUUUCUGCAUGGCAGCGAAAUCAGCGUCAUUUAUCGUGAUUUUAAGACUUCAAAUAUACUCCUUGAUACAAACUACAAUGCAAAGCUUUCUGACUUUGGGUUGGCGAAAAAUGGACCUACUGGUGAUAAGAGUCAUGUCUCUACUAGAGUUAUGGGAACAUAUGGAUAUGCAGCUCCUGAGUACCUUGCAACUGGUCACUUGACAGCAAGGAGUGAUGUAUAUAGCUUUGGCGUCGUCCUCUUAGAGAUGUUAUCGGGUAGGCGUGCGCUUGACAAGAACCGACCGUCAGGCGAGCACAAUCUAGUCGAAUGGGCGAAGCCCUAUCUCACUAGCAAGCGCAAGAUCUUCCGAGUCUUGGACAGCAAGCUUGAGGGACAGUACUCGCUUAUCGGAGCUCAGAAAACUGCCUUGCUUGCUCUCCAGUGCCUGUCAGCUGAGGCGAGGCUUCGGCCUAGCAUGGAUGCAGUGGUAGCUGUGCUCGAGCAGGUUCAAUCCACGAAGGAUUUGGAGAAGAAAAACCAAGCGGAGAAGACUGUGCACACUCAAAGUUUUCGUCAUGGAGCUCAGGCGCCUCGACGGAAAAGCAUGGAAGGUGGGAGUUUGAAGACAUAUCCAAGACCCUCUGAUUCCAUUUGUGAAGUAGAAGCUCAGCCUAUCGUUUGAGCUACAUUUGUUGUCUAUUAAGAGUUUUUUGCAGCAUUGAGUGCAGGUUUUAACUACUGCCUCCAUAUUUGUUACAUUUUUUGUAUAUUUUGUGAUGCAUCAAUGUUAUUGUCCAAUCAUCUCAUCUUGCGGGCAGUUUUGAGAA